AUGUCCGAUGCAGCAGACUGGCGGCAGAAUGUCGCAACAGCUUGUGUUGACGACUAUUACCGCUCGGGCGACCGAUACGUGCCCGCCGAAUCGCUAAGCGGUCGUAUCUUGGAGGGACUCGAUAUGGCUUGUAUGCGCUCAUCGUCUAAUGAGUGGUGCCUAGUCGAGUCCUACGAAUGGACUGGCUCAGAUGUGAUCCAAAUGGAUUGCGAAGCAAACCCCAAUGACCCAUGGUGUCUCAAUCGCGCCGACUUUGGCGCAAACCAGAGCCGAAUGUCAACGUUAUACGAUGACGACUUGUUGUGCUCCGAGUGCUUUCUCAAGAUGUUGCAUGCCCGCGUAACAUCGGAUUACCUGCAAGACACAGAGUUUGGCGACUAUCUCGUCGAACAGUUUCAAGAUGUUCAAGACGUUUGCAAGACUACUGUUGGUGAUCUCGUUACCAGGAUUGGCCCAGCCUAUGCGCGCGUGACGGAUGAGCCCGAGAUGGCACUCCCGUCAACUACCGUAUCGACUACUAGUAGCGCGCCCACACCCACGUCGACAGUAUGCAGAGGCCGCAUGGUGGAUCUACGACCCGAUCGUGAAGAGGAGCUCAAUUGUGAUGAGAUUGCGGAGAAGUACCAGAUCGCCUCGCUGGAAGCGGCUGUUGCAACGAAGAAUGAGUUCUGCGAUGCGGAUGGAGAGGUGUGCAUACCUCUUGCUUGCACAUUGUACCGAGUCUUGACCAACGACACGUGUGAGUCAAUUGCUCAAGGUCUUUCGAACACGACAAAUGAAGUCACGCUCGCUCAGCUCGCAAGCUGGAACCCCAACAUUAUGGGUGCUUGUGACCACCUAUUGGUUGGUCAGGCAAUCUGCUUAACUCCUCCAGGCGGUGCUUGGAUCAGUCCACCAGCCUCAGAAAUCCCCGACGAUGGCGAGGGACCAAUUCGCGGCGGUCCAGGAAGUACGGCAUCCCUUCCCAUAAUCGAAGACGGUGGAGAAAUACCUGCCGAUAGCAUACAAGAGGGUAUAGCAUCCGAUUGUACCCGCUGGAUCAUGGCCAAUGACACCCAGGCCGCAUGUUGGAAGCUUGCAUACGAUGCCAAGAUCAGCGUACAGAGAUUGUGGGAGCUGAAUCCGGUGCUCGGUAGUGCUGGCGAGCGAUGUGCUUCGCAAGUCUGGCUCGGCUACUACUAUUGCGUUGCCACGAGUGGUGAUGGCACGUCGCCAUCACCUACAUCUACGAAGCCUAGCACGAGCCCAAGUUCGACAGCGCCGAUUACAAAGCCAACACAAACACAGUCGGGUAUCGAUCCUAAUUGCAACAAGUUUGCGACAGGAGCAAGCUGUUGGGAGAUUGCCAACAGUGCCGGAAUUGAGCUGUCACAGCUCUACAAAUGGAAUACCGUGUUGGGUUCCAACGGAGAGAACUGCGCCACUCAGAUUUGGGCCGGAUAUUACUACUGUGUUGGCACUGCCACCCCCACGACAAGCCAGCCAGCAACAAGCACGGUGGUUGCCCCGCUCCCUACACAGACUCAGGGAGGCUUCCCCGCACACUGUAAGAGAUGGAUGGUUACCAAGAGUGGUGAUACCUGCUGGAGUAUCGGUAACGACAACGGUGUUGCCCUUGAAGUGCUGUAUGCCUUAAACCCGGUCCUGGGCUCUGACGGAGAGAACUGCGGAACUCAGAUCUGGCCAGAGUAUGCUUACUGUCUUGCUAUAUAA